AGUAAGUUACAAAUCUCACUCAGUGGUGUAGAGCAGUCAUGAGAGGAUUAAACGUAGUGUUGACCGUAGCUUUGUCGAUAGUCUCGGUUUUCACAAGCAAAGCUGAAGAUGAAAUGUUUAAAGAAGCUUUAAAGGAUUGGAAAAGAAAAAUUGAGAGAGAUACAAAGCAGGCGUUAGGUUCAGAAUAUCACAAUGGUUGUAUCUUUCCAAAUGGUAUGGAAUAUGGUAGUUUGGUUGGGGAGUCUGGUUAUCUUCUUGAGCAUAUUGCAAAAUAUAAGAAACAAAAGUAUGGUCAUUAUUCGCGGAGAGAUAGACCACUUCCACGCACCAAUCAUAAAUUAGAACCAGAUGCCCCGUUCCUACAUCCUAUUCCUAAUACCUGUCCUUGGCCCGAGUACAACUGUGACCCUAAUAGCUUUUACAGGAGUUUUAGCGGAGCUUGUAAUAAUUUGAGAUAUCCAAUCAUUGGACGGUCAUUUACACCUCUUAGAAGAUUUCUACCCUCAGAUUUCGGCGAUUCUAUUAGCUCUCUGAGGACUGGUAAAAACAAUAAACCUUUGCCUUCCGCUCGACUUGUUAGUCUUACUAUUCAUCAACAAUCUAAUGAUACAAAGCAUAAUAAGUUUUUGACUUGCGCUAUAAUGAAUUAUGGACAAUUUUUGGAUCAUGAUUUAUCUUUUACGGCUACUGCAAAAAUUACGGUAGGAGAGAAAAAGAUUAAUCCGGAUUGUGGAGAAAGUUUUUGCGAAACAGUUUUAGAAGAAUGCGAACCAAUUACAAUUCCAAACGAUGAUCCAAUUUUUAAACCUUCAAGAUGUUUAAAGUUUAUACGUUCGCAAGAGAGUCCAAAUUUGGCCUGUUCAAUUGGACCAAGGGAACACGUUAAUCAACUAUCAAGCUAUAUUGACGCGUCAAACGUUUACGGUUCGACGAAGCAGCAAGCAGAUGCUUUAAGAAAUUUUGAUGAUGAUGGCACUUUAAGAUCAACACCAACAACAGGUCACCACCAUUUGCCAAUAGGGAAUCUAGAUAAAUCUUGCAAGAGCUUCAAUAAUGAUAAAGAAAUGUGUUUCGAUGCUGGUGACGUAAGAGCUAACGAACAGGUUUUGCUCAUCAGCCAUCAUACAUUAUUUAUGAGACAUCAUAAUUAUUUAGCGAAAGGAUUGAAAUAUGUCAACCCCUCUUGGUCGGGAGAAAAAGUAUUCCAAGAAGCUAGAAAGAUUAUGGGGGCUAUUAUGCAAAUAGUGGCCUAUGAUGAAUACUUACCAGCUAUCUUAGGAAAAGAUCAUAUGGCUAAAUAUGAAUUGAAUUUGGCACCCGCAAAAGAGUAUUAUUAUGGUUAUACUUCGAAAGUUGACCCGUCGAUUAGAACUGAAUUUUCAACAGCUGCCUUUAGGUUUGGUCAUGCUCAAAUUCCAAAUCACCUAACUAUAAACAACACUAAUAUAGAAUAUUCAAGGCUCUUCUUUCAACCAACAAAAUCUGUACAUUUAGGACAAGGUAACCUUUUAAAAGCGUCUAUUGAGAACGACCUUAAGAAUGCUGAUAGAGUUUUUUCAAAAAUAAUCUCGAGUCAUAUGUUUACUGCUAAUCCACCUUUUGGUACUGGAACUGAUCUGCCGUCGUUAAAUAUUCAAAGGGGUCGCGAUCAUGGUAUACCAGGCUAUAAUGAAUACAGAGAUUUCUGCGGUUUGUCUAGAGCUUAUUCCUUUAACGGACUUGUAGAUAUUCCACCGAGUAUUCGUACGAAAUUUUCGCAAAUUUACGACCAUGUCGAUGAUAUUGAUUUAUUCGCUGGAGCAAUGAGCGAAGUUUUGGUAGAAGGUUCUCAAGUAGGACCAACUUUUCAGUGCAUUAUUGGUAGACAGUUUAAAAUGCUGAGGAAAGGUGAUAGAUUCUGGCACGAAAAUCCAGGUCAAUUUACUAUGCCCCAAUUAACUGCUUUGCGAAAGGUUAAAUUGUCAAGUAUUUUGUGCGCAAAUACGAAUAUUGUUGAAAUUCAACCCGAAGUCUUUAAGAAACCUAUUAGACAAGUCUUCCCAGAUAUUCAGGAGUUAAUCGACUAUGUCAUGAGCGAAGGAAAAGAGCUAUCAGAAUAUAAGCUACUGUGGGAUUUGAACUAUAACGCGGUUGUUGAUUGUAACAUUAUUCCAGCUUUCGACUUCACACCGUGGGCAGAUGGAGCUUAA